CAACCAUUUUCAACUUUUCUCUCUCUAUUUCCUCUCCAUAAUAUUUCAAUUAUCUAUGACUCUUCCAAUGAAAAAUAUGGUUUUUCCAAUGAUUUUCCUAAGGCUAGCAGAAUGGUUUGUGUACAAACUACUAGCAAACUCAUGUUACAAAGCAGCAAUGAAAGUUAAAAAUUCUGGCUAUUUUUUCAAGAAUUCAUCAUUUAGAUCACCCCAUCAAAUUCAACUAUACCCUAAUGUCUCCAAAUGUAAUUUACAUUCAAGAAAAUCAGAAACAAUUGCAUGUGACAUUCAAGGCACAUUACUUAGAUCUAAAUCUUUUUUCCCAUAUUUCAUGUUAAUUGCUUUUGAAGGUGGCAGUAUAAUAAGAGCCAUGUUGUUACUUUUAUCAAGUCCAUUUUUAUUGGUUCUUGAUUUUGAAGCUAAAUUGAGAGUUAUGGUGUUUAUAACUUUCUGUGGGAUGAAAAUUAAGGAUGUUGAGUGUGUUGGUAGAGCUGUUUUACCUAAGUUUUUUCUUGAAAAUUUGAAUGUUCAUGUGUAUGAAGUGAUGAAGUCAGUAGGGUCAAGAAUGGUAUUUACUAGUGUGCCUAGAGUUAUGGUGGAAGGUUUUUUGAAGGAGUAUUUGAGUGUUGAUUGUGUUAAAGGGACAGAAUUGCAUAUUGUUGGGAAAUAUUUUAGUGGAUUUGUGUCAUCUUCUGGGAUAUUAAUUAAGCAUAGAGCAUUGAAGGAAUUUGUUGGUGAAAAGCAACCAGAGAUUGGUAUUGGAAAUUCAUCAAGUCUUCAUGAUCAUUUAUUUAUCUCCCUUUGCAAGGAAGCUUAUGUGGUGAACAAAGAGGAUACUAUAUCAAUAUUGCCAAGGGAGAAAUAUCCAAAGCCAUUAGUUUUUCAUGAUGGAAGGCUAGCAUUUCUACCUACACCUCUUGCAACAUUAGUCAUGUUCAUGUGGCUACCAAUUGGAAUUCCACUAGCCAUUUUCAGAAUCUUCAUUGGCAUAUGUUUGCCUUACAAACUAGCCAUUUUGUUGGGCAAAUUGAGUGGUAUAAGGCUUAGAGUUAAGGGUACUGACCCUCCAAGAUUAGAAAAUGGACAAGGAGUUUUGUAUGUUUGCUCUCAUAGGACCCUUUUGGAUCCUGUGUUUCUUUGUACUUCUUUGGGAAAAUCUUUGACUGCAGUCACAUAUAGCUUAAGCAAAAUGUCUGAAAUUCUUGCUCCUAUCAAAACUGUCAGAUUGACAAGAUCAAGAAAGAAAGAUGGGGAAGCCAUGCAAAAAUUGCUUAGUGAAGGUGACUUAGUGGUAUGUCCAGAAGGAACAACAUGCAGGGAGCCAUAUCUAUUGAGAUUCAGUUCACUAUUUGCAGAAUUAGCCGAUGAGAUUGUACCAGUGGCUAUGAACACAAAUGUAAACAUGUUCUAUGGAACAACAGCUAGUGGGCUUAAAUGUUUGGACCCAAUUUUCUUCUUGAUGAACCCAAGACCUUGUUACAAUGUUGAAAUUCUUGGGAAAUUACCAAAAGAAUUAACUUGUGCUGGUGGAAAAUCAAGUCAUGAAGUGGCUAAUUACAUACAAAAACAAUUAGGUGCUGCAUUGGGAUUUGAAUGCACUAAUCUUACAAGAAGGGACAAGUAUUUAAUGCUUGCUGGUAAUGAAGGGGUAGUUGAAGAUCAAAAUUCAAGAAUAAAUACCCCUAAUUAAUUUUAAUUAUUUAUAGGAUUAGUUUUUUUUUUUUUUUUUUAACUUUAAUUUUCUCCUCCUUUGUUAUUUUCACCUUAUUUUAGCACAUAAUAUAAAGGUGAGUAUAUGUUUAUUAUCCUUCAAGGUAUGUAUGUAAUUAUUUCCUCUUCGUGUUCACUUAUUUAAUUAAUGGAGCAAUAAUAUUCUUUUCUUUUUUCGAA